AUGACAUUACAUUUUUCAAAUUCUUCAAAAUGGCCGGACCCAUUUAAAGAUGAGGUUGCGUAUGUAGAUAAUCCGAUUGAAUCGGGGUUUCCAGGACACUGGUUGCCCCUAAGUAUUAUAAAGAAGAUUAUGGAAAUGCGAGUCCUGACGCUGGCGCCUGAAGCUGUCACAAAUACACAGAAAAAAAAUAAGCUUAAAUUACAUGCGCCGACCAAAAGGGUAAAAGUUAGAAAAAUAAGCAAAAAUAUUUUGACUAAAGCAACUCAGAAUAAGCAAACUACAACACCUCUAUUAUUAAGUUCCUAUGUAAAAAGUAAGGAUACUGAUGAGGCCUUAACUGCCGAUAAUAGUGUGUCUGCAUCAGAGACGCCAGUAACUACACCACUCUUAACUUCCCAUGAAGCUAAACAAGCAGUUUUGUCUACGUCUAUUCCCACUUCGGUUACUGAAGAUGUCCCAACAGACCUUAAAGACCUUACUUCUCAACCGUCAUCAAUAUCUGAAGGCACAUCCUAUGCAACACAAACACCAACACUUGUGCCUAUAGAGGCAUCAACACUCACAGUAACAAAAACACUUUUGUCGACAGCUACAAAAACAACGACAAAACUACCAACUAUUGUAGAAACCAGUGCACCAACAACUCAACCAUUAACUACGACCACAACUACUUCAACAACAACAAAACCAACAACAACAACGACAACAACAACAACAAAACCACCAACAACAACGACAACAUCAACAACAACGAUACCUAAAACAGUAACCACCACAUCAUCAACUACGACAACGUCUACAACAACGAUACCUACAACGGUAACUACCAUGUCAACAACUACUACAACGACAACUGAGACUGGAGAUCCAUUUUACUAG